AGGAAUAUGUUGCCUUUCACAACUGGGUGAUGCUAAAUGGUUAUGUCAAUGGCCACCGUAAGAAUUACAUUGUUAAUUUUAGCAAUUAUACUGGCCUGUUCUAGUUUCGGAUAUGGGCUAAACCAUUGUAGCACUGUAAUCGCGGAUCUUAGCUAUUGCCUGCCAAUAUCAAAAGAUUAUUCACCCAUACCAUAUGACAGCUGUUGUGCUAUUUUUAUGGAUGCUGCGCAGUCCUGCCUGUGCACUGCCCUUGAUAUCGUUGUACAGUUGCCUACAAAAUGCGGUCUUCCAAUGAUCAACUGUUUCUGAUUGUGCUAUGGAUACUAACAACGAGAAAUGCUCUUCUACCAAGAACUCUUGUUAGCAUUGAUAGAAUAAAUCGAUGAAAUUACAGUUGUAUGAAAAUUAAUAUUUCUCAUAAGCAACUUGUGAAAGAUUCUUGCUCGUAAAUAAGUAUUUGAUUAGUUCUCCAACACUUUGGCAGAACAUUUAUACUAUGUAAAUUAAGUGUAUUAGCGCGUUGCCACUUAAUUGAGAAAUGUAAUAUAUUUUCUACCUUUCUAAAGCUUAGGAAAUUUCGAUAGAAAUCUUUAAUCCAAAUAAAAGCAGAAAAGGCCUACUAUGUAUGCUAAGAGCGAUGCAUCUUACAAUGAUAUUAAUAGCACUACCAGUCUACCGCUA